GUCUUUGAAUCCAGGUUCGAAAGGUAUUCGCUCUCUCACAAUGACAAUCAGUACUCGACUUGUGUUGUGGGUUGUAAACAUAAACAAAUGUUAAACUAAGAGUAGAUACUUAUGGCAAGUGUUGGCUUUUAAUUAUCAUAUCAUUCAAUGCUCAACUUUGAUCAGAAUUAAAGGAAACGAUAAUUGUGAACGAGUAGUCUAAAGUACGUGGCCUAGUUCAGUAUCCGCCCUCCGCCCGUCCGCCAGGAGAGUUAUAAUUAGAAAUAUUUAUGGCCUAAUUAGCAGAGAGGCGAUGAAUUAGUUAGAUUGACUGAAAACUACGCGUGCUCUAGAUAACUAGAAAGGAAUGUGGAUGUUAAAGAUGGUUCGUUUCAUGGUAUCAACAUUUAUGAAGCAACACUUUCUGUACAAAGCAUUCAUCAGCCUAACAAUAAUUGUUCUUGUUGUUACGAUAAGUUUAUGGUCGAACAGCAGUGAGCGUAUGGCUCGAAGAUGUUUCUCGAAUCAUGUCAAUGUCGAAGAGUACAAUAUUCAACUGCUGCCGGAUAUUAUGACGGCAACGAGAAAGCCGAGCUUGGGCAAAAGUGUUUUUUUCCAUGAAACGUCUUGCUCCAAUGGAAUUGCCACACUGAAUGCACGACAAGGCUGUGCAAUCGAAUCGGCUGCUUUAGCAAAUCCUACAUGGGAUGUGUUUCUACUGUUUGCGUCGCCUGUUGGAUUCUCCAAUAAUACAGCCAAAGCGCCGACUUUACGUGCAUUGGAAUCAUACACAAAUGUUCAUUUACGCAAUGUGAAUUUAUGGACUUAUGCACAUGAUACUCCAAUCAGUUCGUUUAUCGACAACGGACAACUCUUCAGAUCUAAAUACGUAAAUUCUCAUACGUCCGAUUUUCUACGAUACUUAAGUUUAUACAAAUGGGGCGGAACAUAUCUCGAUUUGGAUGUAAUAGUCAAAAAGAGUUUCGAUCCAAUCGAACCGAACUAUGCCGGUGCUGAGAGCGAAAAUUUUGUGGCGGCUGGUCUGAUCAAUUUCGAUCACACCAAUGUGGGACACCAAAUAGCCGAACACUGUUUGAGCGAGUUUGAGAACAACUUCGAUGGCGGCGACUGGGGUAACAAUGGACCGGGUGUCAUCACCAGAGUGUUGCAGAAAAUCUGUCAAACCAAGAAUCCGUCGAUGAUGACGCGUGCUCGAUGUAAAGGCUUCAACGUAUUCCCGGUGGACAAAGUGUAUGCGGUUGGUUGGAAGGACUGGCGUUACUUUUUCGAAGAGAAAUAUUCGGAACGUACAAUGAAAAUGACCAGUGAUUCGAUUGCCAUUCAUGUGUGGAAUAAGCAUAGUAGUGUUCAAAGUAUACCGGUUGGUUCGAAGGCUGCAUACAGUUUGUUGGCUGCGAAAUAUUGUCCCAAGGUUUUUGAGUCGAGUGGUGAGUUUUUUUGAUAUUAUCAGCGGUUUUGGUUGGUGUGAGCGUGCGUAUUCGAAAUAAGGUUUUGUUUGUUGGAAUCUCAAUUAGUUUUAAGAGUUAAGAGUGCCGUGGAUUUUUAGUGAUUUUUUUGCCGUGAGUCUACUUAAGUGAAAAAUCAUUUUCCUCCAACUUUUUUCUGGACGAUUACAGUGCCUUAAUUGUUAGACGGUAACUUAAUUUUUUCUUUAAAUUACGUAGCUCGUAAAUUUUUUUUUAAAUUUAAACCAAAGCUGUUCUAAUCCAUAGUUUUUGUUGAAUUGUGAAAUAUGUGGGAGUGUAACAAGUAACUACAUAACACUUCGAAAUAAUUUUUAAAAAAAUCUGUAAAUCUUGCAAAUUUGUUAACCGUACUUAACAUGGAUAAUGUCGCAUAAAUGGACAGUCGGUACUUACAUUGCCAAAGAAACGAUAACGAGACCAGCUUCCAAAAGUUCUUCAUUUUUCCUUUAUUUUUUAAAUGAAACUUUGAGUGAAACCCGAACAAAAAAAGGACUUUGAAAUUCGAUGAUUAGAAUCAAAUUUCAAGUCAAAUUUAAGUUUAAUUUGUUGAACCUAACUUAACCCCCCAUUAUCAUAAAAAUAUUCACAAUUCAACUAUGAAUGAUAUUAUCUACAUGAAGUCUAAAGCAAUUAUUUAGUUUGUAAGAAUAUAGCCUAAGAUCAAAAUGAAUUUAGAGUAGGUGGAUAAAAUCGAUCCACAAUUAGUUUUUAAAGUAAUUUAAUGGGAAAAGUCAUUUACACUGGAAA